AUGCUCGCAAAUAAUUUGUUAUUUGUGCUUCUUCUUUUAUUGAUUGCAGAAGCAAAAUCAAAAAAGAACUACGAAAAUCGGCAAAAUACAGGAGAUGAAAAAACACGAGUAGGACGUGCACUGGACGAAUUAGAAGGCGCUGGCUUUGGCUUUAAAAGAUCCGGAUAUAGAAGAACGAAAAGAGCGCUAGAUUCACUGGAAGGAGCUGGUUUUGGUAUGAAGAGAGCACUGGAUUCAUUAGAAGGUUCCGGCUUUGGAAUGAAAAAACGAGCACUGGACUCAAUUGAAGGCGAAGGCUUCGGUGGAUUUUCGAAACGAACACUGGAUUCCUCCGAUUUUCGAAAUGACCGUGGAAUGAGAAAUUAUCUUAGAAGUGAUGACAAAACAACGAAGGGAGCCUUGGAUUUUUUGGAAGGUUCUGGUUUCGGAAUGCAGAAACGAGCGCUUGACUCAAUUGAAGGUGAAGGCUUCGGUGGCUUCUCAAAACGAGCUCUGGACUAUUUAGAAGGUUCUGGAUUUGGACUGAGAAAACGCGCCUUGGAUUCGCUGGAAGGUUCUGGAUUUGGUAUGAAAAGGGCACUGUAUAACACGGACGGCGAAGGAUUUAAUGGCUACGACAAGCGAGGUUUCGAAUCUUUUGAUAAGUUUUUCUCAGAUCUCUUCUCUAAGCUGCCUUUGAUUCGCUUCCAAAAUUUGCUGCUACUGUUACCAGAUAUUUGA